AUGGCAGAUGCCCGUGCCCUAUUACGACAACAGCGCGCCGCACGCCGAAUAAACCACCCGCUCGCUGCAUAUCUAGACAAUGGCAAGCUCGUCUGUACCCUGUGCCAGGAGUACAUCAAGAUCGAGUCCCUUUGGGACACCCACCUACAUGGCGCGAGCCACCGGCAGCGGUUACAGCGCCAGCAGCAGCAAGCACAAGCUUCCACACGACCGAUUGAACCUCCCCGCGCGGGGUUUAUAGGCGACGUUGAAGGGGAGAGGGCAGCGCCCAGCGCAAAGAGGAAGCAUGAUGAGCCGGGACCCGUAGCGGAGAAUGGCGAAGACGCCAACGAUGAGCGCAGAAAACGCCCCAAGCCGGAUGACGCCACCACUCUCUCAGAACAACGGCGCCUACCCGGCAUGGGCUUUGGCCUCGAAGUCCAAAUCCCUUCACGCCCCGCCACACCAGGUGGCACAUCCUCCAAUACCGGCUCCGGCACACCAAUGUCCCUGACACCUAAAACCGCGCCCCUCGGACGCUCCCCCCUUGUUACCGAAGAAUCAGCCUCCCAACCAGAGCCCGCCCUCCCGAAUGGCCCCUCCCAUACCCAGCCAAACGGUCCCUCUUCCGAAGAACAAGUAGACGAAGCCCUCUGGUCAGCCUUCGAAGCCGACCUGCUGCAGCCGUCCGCCGUAAAAACACUCACCAACCCGGAGAUGAACCCGGACGCGGUAAUCUUAGCACCAGCGAUGACCGCAGAGGAGGUGGCCGCCAAAUCAGAAGAGGAAGAGCAGGCGCGGCGGAGGGCGCUGGUGGAUAUACAGCUGGAGGAUGAGAAAGAGGAGGCGACAAGGAAGUUGGAGGAGGAGUUUGAGGUUAUGGAGGAGCUAGAGGCGCGGGCAAGGAGGUUAAGAGAGCAAAGAGAGGCGUUGAGGGCGAGGGUGAUGAGCGCUGGUGGUAGGCAGGGGGUAGCAGCAGUUGAAAAGGGAGACAGGGGGGGAAAGGCGACCACCCUUGUGCAGGAAGAAGAGGAAGAUGAGGAUGAUGAUGAGGAUGAUGAUGAUGAUGAUGAUGAUGAUGAUGAUUGGGAUGGGUUCCGCUUCCGAGCUUGA